AUGUAUGUCUCUCAUUUUACUCUCGAGGAUUUCAAUAGAAACAGUCACACUCCUUUUAUAAAGGCACGACCCAAUACAAACGUUCUUAAUCACCUCUGCCAAGACAUAAUGCCCAAAGUUGAAAUCACAAGACACAUCGUUAAUUCUGUGCGAAAAAGAGACAGAGCUUAUCUUCCCACACAUUUUCAUGUCCAAUGGGCAAUGGAAUGCAUUGGCUUUGCUUUUUCACUCCCUAUAGAGCACCAUUCAAUUAUUUCGACUGCUAUAGAAAUUUAUCGUGACUGACUUAGCAUAGGAGAGGGAGAAAGACCUACCUGCAUUGAAGAAGAUGAAGGCUUUUAUCAGAGAGAAAUAAUUGGUCAUUUGUCGCUGCUAUUUGUGGAAAGGCCAGGAGACACACAUAAACAUGUUGAGCUUUGUGUUGAAGUUUUGGUUUUACUUAUACCCGAAAUAAAUUUUUUUUUUUAUAAUAAUAAAAUAAUAAUUUUUUUAAUAGCUAUUAUUAUGAUGGUUAAUAGAUCUUUUUGAGUUUUAAUGACGAAUAAAACAAUAUUUAUUACGAAUUCGAGAGGAGUUAGAGAAUUCAUUAGAGUUAAGACAAUAGAAGAAGAUACUUGGAAAUGUCUAUUAAAAAUUAUGCUACUGCUAACCCACCCUCUACUUAAAAGUAUCACAGCAUUAGCACAAGACUUGUGCCCACUGCUACUAAAAACUUUAUUCGAAAUCUGGCUGAGGUCUAAUACAAGGGACAAAGAUCUAUGAAAAGAACUCCAAACCUGCUCAAGCUCCUGGCUCCAUCACAUCUGGCUUAUUUUCCAAUGAAAAGCUGUAGCCCACGGUCUCACCCAAAGAAUCAACGCCAUGCUAUAUGGCGAGGAGCCUCCAACCCUGCAGCUUCAUUUCUUAAAAAUGUCAAAACCCCACGAUGAGCCUGCAGAAACUUUGCUUUUGCAUUUUUCACUAGAACAAAGCUUGUAUUUCUGGUACAGAUUUUUGAAUCUCAUGCUUCUCAAUACACGUGACAAAAUCCCUUCAGAUCCUGACGUCCAUAAAGAGUUGGUAAGGUCCGUUGCUACAAUAACAGACUCAUUUUUAGAAAUUGCUGAAAAAAGAAUUAUUGCUAAAGGCAUGGUUAUGCCAAAUAUAGUGACUGCGAGCGGCCCUGAAGCUUUAGCUGAAUUGACCAGAAAAUUCCAAGACACUCAUUUUCAUUAUCUGUGGGGACUGAGCAGGCUACCAAUUCCAAGUGCGGAUGGGCUGCUAAAUAUGUUUGGAGGCUGGCUGUUUUUCCAUGCAAAUGCUGAAGGUAGCUAUAAUGAAUUUGGAAGAGCAGAAGCUGUUGGAGCACUUUGUAGGAUUAUGUGUAAAGCUGGAGGGCCAAAUAAAGAUGAGUUUUUAGGGAAGUUUUAUAGGACGAUUUUUAAAUGUAUGGAAAGCUCGUCAAGCUCAUUGGUGGUCAUGUAUAUUUUAAAGCACUCGCCGAACCUUUUGACAUUAGAUCAUAGAGGGGUAAUAAAUUAAAUUUAAUUGUUAAACUGGCCAUAAGUGGGCAGCCCGCUAGCCUAUUCCUCAUUCUCGGCUCUAAAAUACACCUCAGAGUUAAAUGAGGAAAAUAAAGGUCGCCAUUUUGGAUUUUCGAUCUGAAGAGCCUGUCCAUGGGGAUUAACUCUAUUGAGCAGAUCCACCAUCUGUAAAGUGCCCCGUCGGUCCUGAUAGAGAGAGAGGACUAUGUGGUAGGCAAAACCUGUCUAGCCCAUCUAGCAGAAACUGGAAACCCUUCAGGGGAGAAACAAAACACCCAGCUUUGGUAGGCUUCCCAUUGAGAUGGUCUACUUAACUCAUGAAGAGCAUCUUUUGCCACCCAUCGCGCAGGUUAACCGCUCCAUCAGGAGUUUUGCCUCGGAGUCGUAUUUCCGUUAACGCCCACCAUUUAAUUUUUAAGGAGGGGUAAGGAUUUUGCUGCAUAAAGAAGCGCUUUCUAAAGCAAUUAUGAAUAACUUGACUGAUAAUAAUAUAGCUCCUGCAGUAAAAAGACCAUGCUAUUACAUUUUAGGGACAUUUGUAGCAGUUGUACAAUAUUUUAACCAGCCUGCGCCAAUAAUACAGGUAACUAAUAUCCUACAAAAAGCAUUGGACCAUGAAACUGACAGUGAAAAUUUCCAUAGACUGGUAUGGACUAUAUGUGUAUUUGCAGGAAGUAUUCAUUCUGAUUCAGAGCUGCUGACUAAUAUUGUCGUCCAGCUUGUAAAUAGAUUGGAGACUAUAGAUUAACCUUCAUUAUCCAAAUUUCCUCUAUUUUUCCAACUAUUUAUCCUAAUUUCUAUAAAAAAAUACAUAAAACCCCUAUAUCUCCAAAAAGCGAAUAUCUUUCUUAAAUACAUCCAAGAAAAAAAGAUUUACCAAGACUUACUCGACACAAUUUCAACCCUUCCUUUUCUAAUCUGCUAUAAACCCAUUACAAGUGAAAAUUUAGUUAUCUGUAUAAUUGACAAAAUCUGCUCCUACAUUUCCAAAAAAAUAGGCAAAUCUUCUACCGAAGGCAUCAUAAGCAGCCUUUUAUUUUCACUUUUGCAUUGGCUUGUCUGCUUCCCUAAUGCAUUUAUGGAGCCAACUAUAAGACAAAACACUUUAUCAGUAGCAAUAAGUGCCCAAGCUUUAGACAGAGUCAAAGAAGUCGCUAUAUAUGUUGAAGACUUCUUAAUGAAUAACUUAGGAAGAAGCCUCCCACCAAUUGCAUAUACAAGUUUAGAUGCUUUAGAAAUAUCUAGCAGCUUUUUAACAUAUAGCGAAGUCAAGCUGCCGAAAAGGCAUUUUCUUUAUAAUGGACAAGUCCUUUUAACGCUUUAUGACUCGUCACAAGAUAACCCGCAUCAUGAAGAGGUAUUAGUAAUGAUGAGGAAUUCUAUAGGCAGAUAUAUAUGAAAAGCAGGAUUAGUUUAUAAAGCAGAAAACAGUAAUACUAGUAAUACUGCCUGGAAAAUGGAUGUGUGCCAGUCAAGGCCGCCACCGCUUAUUCCUGUCCCUGAUGAAAGUUUGUCACAAAGCUUGUUUGAAGAUUUCAGCGAGCAAGAAAAAAAUUUGUUUAGAAAUUUUCAAGAAAUUAUUAAAAAACAAGAAGAAACCACUAAGAAAUAUGAAUCAAGUAUACAGGUAGAAUAUAGCGCCCAAAGCUUAGCGAUGAGCCCUAAAACGGUUGAAGAUGUACCUAAAUCUUAUAGACUAUUAUUGGCGCAACUUGGCCUUUUCCAAACUGAUCAUAUUUCUAGUUUGUUAGCACUUAAUGGGGAUGAAGUUGAAAAAAUUAUUUCUGAAAUUGAUAAAAUUCCUGAUAAGGAAUUAAUUAUAUGCCCUAUUUUGUAUUUGAAAACUCCAGAAUCUAAAGAAUCAGAUGCAUUAAGCAAUGUUGACUAUUAUUCUCAAAGUUUCCAGGACUUUUUGCCACAAAUGGGUGUUUUAUUAAAACAAAAUCAUACUCAAUUUGAAGGUUUUAAGCAAGUUUCAAGAUUUUUAUACUAAUUUUAUUAAUUUUUACAAUCUCUAGCAAGAUUAAUUUUUUUUCUCAUCAUAGUCUUAUAUUUUAAUACAUAAAAACAAAUUACCUAUUCAACAUUAAUAAACAAUAAUUUCUAAUGACCAUAAAUAAAUACGGUUCAGCUUUGUAUACAUCAGGGUAUUAUUACGAGCUUAUAAGCUUAGUCCCUGCAAUUAUCCCUGAUACUAGCUCUUUAACACUCCCAGACAUUAUUUCUCAUGGACAAGUCGUGGUAUUAUGGAACCAAAGAGCAAAUGACCCAUACACUGCAAAAAUUCCAAAUUUGCUUGAAUCUCAUGGGAUGAAAAGGAAAACAAUAAUAAUCCUAACACCAUUGAAAAAUAGGCUUAUCAAGGUCAAUAUAUCACCAAAUGAAACUCAACAAGGACCUUUAUUAAAUGAUAUGCUGGUACCUGAAUAUAUGAUAGGGACGCUGCUUAUAAGAACUAUUAUAAAUAUGCAUGGCGUUUCUAUGGUAAGAGUUUCAUCAAGGGCAAGGAGGAUAGAACAGUUAGAAGCAUUAGCUGAGCUAGGGAGAAAAGCUGAAGUUACGAAAAAUGGGAAACUCAGCUCAAUUUUGUCACAUGCAUUUAGGCUUACAAAAUGGGAUCAAUAA